UUACUUAAUUUUCAUUGUAUAAAAUCAUCAAAAAUGACUAAAGCCACAGUUCUUGCUAUCUUUAUGAUCGUCCUCGUUUUAGGAAUGAUGACGGGAGAGACGCAAGGACAAGAAAUGUGUCGUGAUCUUCCAAUGAGAGGUCAAAAGUGUGUCGCUCACACCUGUGCCACUCUCUGUAAGCAAAAAUGGAAUGGAAGUGGCUUGUGCUUCCCAAACGGACAAACUAAGGGCUGCCUCUGCACGUUUCAUUGCAAAUCUUGAUUUAUUUAUUAUUCGUUUUUAUCAAUUAUUAUCUUAUAUGAAUUCUGAUUUCACCUUUUUUAUUAAUAUGACAUGAGCUAUUAUAAUUUUUGUUUUAACAAAAGAGCUAUUAUAAUAAGCUAC